GGGGCUGAAUGUUGACCACGCCCUUCACUAAUUGACCACACCUAUUAAAAUGGCGUUUCUUGAAGAAGUAGAAGAAAGUGCUAAUUUGCAGAGACCAGUUUGUGUAUUUUGUUUAGUGAAUUUUUCAAAGUAUAAGUGUCCGAGGUGUGAUAUUAAUUAUUGCUCAUUAAAUUGCUACAAAUCACAGUCUCAUUCACAUUGUUCUGAGUCAUUUUAUAAAGAUUGUGUAUUAGAGGAACUCUCUGUAACCAAAGGAAGUGUUGAUGGAAAGAAGAAAAUGAUUGAGAUAUUGUCACAAAUGAAUAAUGAGGAAAAGCAAGAGGAGGAGGAGGAGUCUGUACUUAAUGAAAUAAAUACUGAUUCUGACGAUAUUUGGAGGAAAUUGAAUAAAAGAGAAAAGUCGACUUUUUUGCAAAUGUAUAAUUCUGGUACACUGGCAGAACUAGUUGUGACCACACCUCCCUGGUGGGCGGGGCCUGGUAUUCAAGUACUGGGUGACAAGGAAAGAGAAUUACCUUUGAUCUAUUCCGACAUACCACAACUGAACUCGUUAGUGAAGGUGGUAUCAAGUGAUGUACCAAACAAUAUAAUUAAUAUAAUCUAUUGUUAUAUUUAUGUUUAUAAAUAUUACAAUAAUGAUAUUCACGAUCUUCCUUUACAAGCAAUAAAGACGUUGUUGGAAAUAUCUAGUGUAUUAUCUGAAAACUCAAGUUUCUCUACAGUACAGGAGGCAAUUGAUCAUCCAAUUGGUUUAAUUAAUAAUAUACCUGAUCUGUUUAACAGUCAUCAAUAUUCAUUGUUGUUAAUUAAUGAUUUAUUAUUAUUAAUUAAUGGGAGCUCACUAAACGGUCAUUAUUACAUAUCAUUAUGUUUAUCUGAUAUAAUUAAUAUCAUCGACAAAUCAAGAGAAAUAUUGAAGAAAGAGAGAGAAGACAAAAUUCUGCGACAGAAACUGACAGUAUUACAUAAAAAGUUAAUAUUCUUAUUAUCAUGGACUUCAGAGAAUCAUGAAGACAUUAAAUCAUUAAUACCUUGUAUCAGAAUGUUAAUACACUAAUUAUUAUUAUUAUUAAUGGUGAUAGUCAGUCUGUGUUGUAAUACUGGCAGCAACAGUUUGUGAGCACUUUGAA